UUUUGUCCCCUUCUUCGUUACUUCCUCUUCAUUCCUUCAGUAGUAUAUUAACACUUACUAUGUGCCAAUCACCAGCUACGCCAUGGGAACGAAAGUGACCAAAAACAGUUCUGGGAACUCAGACUGGUGAAGGAGAAAGAGUCCACAGACACCCUGAAAUAAAUUUCUGGGAUGAGUUGCUGAAACCAUGGUGAAAUGUUGCUCAGCCGUUGGAUGUGCCUCUCGCUGUUUACCGAAUUCCAAGUUAAAAGGACUGACAUUUCACGUAUUCCCCACAGAUGAAAACAUCAAAAGAAAAUGGGUAUUAGCAAUGAAAAGACGUAAUGUGAAUGCUGCAGGCAUUUGGGAGCCUAAAAAAGGAGAUGUGCUGUGUUCAAGACACUUUAAGAAGACAGAUUUUGACAGAAGUGCUCCAAAUAUUAAACUGAAACCUGGAGUCAUACCUUCUAUUUUUGAUUCCAUAUCUCACUUACAGGGGAAAAGAGAAAAGCUUCCUUGUAGGAAAAACUUCACCCUCAAAGCCCUUCCAGUUACAAACCACAAUCACAAGCUUGUUGAUGCUUCCUCGUGUGUUGAAGAAUUCCAGUCCCAGUUCAUUUUUGAACAUAGCUACAGUGUGAUGGACAGUCCAAAGAAACUUAAGCAUAAACUAGAUCAUGUGAUCAGCGAGCUAGAGGAUACCAAGAGAAUUCUGCAGAAUGUUCUAGACCGAGAAAAACAUUUCCAAAAAUCAUUGAGGAAGACAAUCAGGGAAUUAAAGGAUAAAUGUCUCAUCAGUCAAGAAACAGCAAAAAGACUGGAAGCUUUCUGUUGGGACUGGUGUCAAGAGAGCACAGAACAAGACUAUAUUUCAUGAAAUAAUUUCAUGUUAUGUUCUACUUAAAAUUGGUAAAAUUGAUAUUGGCUUUUAAGGAAAUAAUUCUCAUUUACCAUCAUUAAAUAAUGUCCAUCAUUCCGUCAUUUAGAGUGCCCUUUGGGUCCUCUGCAGCCUGAUGCAUUAGAGUUAUUAUCCAAAGGCUUUUUUUAAAAGAUAUGUAAAAAUUUUGUGCUAGUUAUCAUGUUUUGGAGUAACUUGUGAGAAUUAUGUUUUUAUAGGCCUAAACUAUAUGGGCUUCCCUGCUGGCUCAGAGGUGAAGAAUCUACCCACAAUGCAGGAGACCUGGGUUUAAUCCCUGGGUUGGGAAGAUCCCCUGGAGAAGGAAAUGGCAACCCACUCCAAUAUUCUUGCCCAGAAAAUUCCAUGGACAGAGGAGCCUGGCGGGCUACAGUUCACGAGGUCACAAAGAGUCAGACACAACCGAAUGAUGAACACUUUCAGACCUAAACUAGUGCCAGGUCACUAUUUUAAAAUGUUAAGAGAUCAAGAAAAUUCUGUAGGACUAAGGAAAUGAUUUUAGAUCAGCUACAUUAAGCUCUCGUAGUCGAAAGUGGACACUUCAGCAGCAUCAGAUUUUUGGCUUCAGAGGAGUAUCUUUGCUUAUAACACAUGUCCAUCUAGAAUCCAAUUCAAGGUGCUUUUAUUAUGAAUAAUACCAAAAGAUGUUUUUACAAGGCAUCCCAUGGUAGUGACCUUGAGAACAACAUAUGGUGCAGAUCUUUUGGCUUUUAAGGUUCAGAACCGAGUUAAGAAGACCCCUGAUGAGGUCUUAUUUUUUCAAUAUAGUACAUCAUUUCUCCUCACUAGGAGCACUUUGAUGUAAACCAGCAUCGCUUUAACAAAUAUUUAAAGAGGAUCAUAAAUCUGAUUUUUAAAUGGUUACUGACAGUUCUGAACAUUUUGUUUCAUGACUGUUAUUUCAUCAUAAAGGUAUAUCUUCAAAAUCUGAAUGCCAGUAGUAACUGGUUACUUUUAAUGCUGUUUUGUAUUUUGCAGAAAGUAGUAUUACUAACAUUUUUUUAAGGUACAAAAUACAGAAGAAACCAUUAAAAAUAAUGAUGUGGCUCUUCUAGUUAAAAUAGGAAUUAGAGGGUUAUAAUGUCUUCCUUUAAUUAGGAGACAAGAUUACUAUCUGAGAUUUCAUUUAGAGAAAUAGAUAAGCAACAAUUUUAGAAUAGCUUAUUUUUACAGAAAAAUAACUUUUAGUUAUUUUCUGACUGAUCCAAGAGUCAGAAAUUUAUCUCCUGAUUUCUUAGUAAAAACAACUGAAAUGAGUCAUAAAUACUGUGGGUUAGAAUAAAAAGUACUAGCCCCAAAGCAAAUUCUACUUUGAAGCAUGUGUAUAUACAUAAACUCCAUUGAUAUGUCUGUGCUAUAAUAGUUAGAAUUUGAAUAUCAGUUAUUUCAAUAUGUUAACUAGAAAUGAACUGCUUUUUGUGUUAAAAUGUUCAUUAUAAUUUUAUUUGUGUUAUAUUAAUAUCAGUAAGGAUACGGGCGCUUGAAUUUCUUAUAUUCAAGAAAUAUAUAAUGCAUGUUAUAUUUUUAUGUAAGAUUCCAAACCUUCCCACUAAAUGGGAUUUUUACCCACAUUUGAAAGAUUAGCAUUAUGCUAAGAAAUCACUGAGGUGCUAUCUUUUUACUACCUUUAAAGUAUUCUUUAGCUACCCAUUAUUUAUUUGAGUUAUUUAAUUUUGCAUUCAUGGUGGACACGCUAAUGGAAAUUGGGGUAUGAUCUUAGGUUUUUAAACUCAGUGGGCAAUGGAGAAAAAUAAAAGGAUAUAUCCAAACACUGUGUGUCCAAAUUCUAGAUGUCUCCUGGCAGCUUAAAAUAAAUCAAGCCCAGUAGACCUUUCCGAGAGUCAGUUCCCAGUUUCUGCCUCAUCACACAGUUACCACAGUCACUUUUACUACUGGUGUUCCAUGUUCAUAGUGAACUAAAAUUUUGUCUUCUUUUUCAGUGGUCAUAGUGUCAUUGACAAAGAGUGAGCUGUGGGCAAAGGAUUGGUAUCGUCAAGAAUCCAGAGCUGCCCAUUUGCCCCUUAUGGAAAAAGGAUUACCAGUAGAAAUGUGACAUAAGAAGUAGAGUCCUCCCCACCUACCAUCCAGGCAAAUGCCUGAACGUGUACAUACCUCAGUUCCUAUAGCGCAGAUGUAAAGAAUCUGCCUUCAAUGCAGGAGACCUGGGUUCGAUCCCUGGGUCAGGAAGAUCCCCUGGAGAAGGAAAUGGCAACCCACUCCAGUAUUCUUGCCCAGAGAAUCCCAUGGACAGAGGAGCCUGGGGGGCUACAGUCCAUGAGAUUGCGGAGAGUCAGGCACGAUUGAGCAACACACACACACUGUUCCCAGAGAUUCCAACCUAAGCGUUUCACUUUGCUUUCAAGCUUACAAUAGCCUCUGGAUCCUGGAGCAAACCAUUUCACCAGUUCAACCUCAGCAGCAAAUCAGGUACAAUGGACUUGAUGCAGUGUUUUUCUCAUAUCAAGUUCAAACCUCUGGAAAUAGACUUUGGUUGCUGAAAGAUAAUCACAAUUACACCAUUGUCAUUAAUUUGAGAAAAGAUGAAAUUAUUUAUAUAUAUUUAGUCUUAAUAAAAAGAUAAAAGAGGGUAAAGAAUCCAUUAUAUAUUUGAAAAAUAAAAUACUUUUUCUAGUAAUGUGCUCUAUGUGGUUUUUAUACACUCAGUUGUUCAAUAAAAUGAGCUGAGAAA